AUAGCCUAUAUAAUUAUUAUAUUUUUCCUCACAUUUGUAACCUAAACAAAACAAUAUCUCAACAUGGCGUACUUUGCAUUAAUACAGUUUGAAAAUUGGGACGAACAUGAUGUAGCUAAAUGGUUAAAAGGCUUAGAUGAUGUUAUACAUGAAUAUAUUCCACGAUUUCUUCUUGGGAAUGUUGAUGGGCGUAAACUGUUAAUGCUAACACAUUCUGACCUCGACAAAUUAGGUGUUAUGAAACUAGGUCACCAGGAACUAGUGUUGGAAGCUGUUGAAUUGCUGAGAUCUUUGCGGUAUCUGUUUGAGACCGAAAAUCUUCAGCACCUUGCUCUUCAGUUGGGCUGUAAGGCUCACAGUCUUCACAAUGAAAUAUUGGCUAAGAAUGGAGAAAAUGAUCUCAACAAAGCAAAUGUUUUGGCACCUCAAGAAUGCCCUCGUCUUUCAAUAUUUGUUUUGUCUGGUGUCUGUGAUAUUAUCUCCACUCUUAAAAACUUAACUUCUUGGCUUGACCGAGCUCCUUUUGAGACAAUUCAUGGGAUCAGCCUACUUAGAAAUUCUCUAGUAAAACUUGGACUAGAACUUGUUACUGUAGCCCAAAAGGAAACAAGAAUCCCUGAAGUGGAGAAUGCCAUAGUUAAAAUAUGUCAAGGCAUGACUGAGUAUUGUGAUGAACUAGUUUUAAACAUGAAAGAAUCAUUAGUUGUCCAACCUGCAUCACUAGAGAUGGCUACCAUUCGUAAGAAACCUGGCGAUGAGCUUGGAAUGAAUAUACAGUCAUCAUAUUUUGGCUGUCAUAUAAUCGGAUUCAUCAAGGAAACAUCUCCUGCACACUUGUGCAGUAAAAUAGAGAAAGGGGAUGAAGUUCUCCAAGUAAAUAAUCAAACAGUUUUAGGUUGGCAACUUACCAAACUUGUGGCUGCAUUAAGGGAAAACCCUAAAGAGGUGACAAUGUUACUGAAAAAACGACCACGGCACACAACUCCUUAUGGAAAUUAUCCAAAUAGGCGGCAAAUGGGAAGCAGGCAUGUGCCAUCAGUAGCUACUUUACCCAAGACAACAAAAAAAAGAAGAUCCAAAGAAGGGGAUAAGCCUCAGCGCCCAACGCUAGAAGAAUAUGUGUCCUCGUCUGUUCCUGGUGGAGAUAUUUAUAUCACAAAAGAGUCCCCUGAAGAUACCAUUGAUGGUAAUGACACUGACAAUGAUGUCUUCCGGAGUGGCUCUGAGUCCCCUCAAUCCACAUUGCCUGUGAUAGUUGAUGCUAAACAGCGGCGGGCCACUGUAAGUGGUGGGUCACCCACAUUUGAAAGACCGUCUCUCGUGGUCGAAGAUCUUGAUCCUGUUCCUCUUCGGCCUAAGUCACAGGCUGUCAUUAGUGCUGAAAAAGACGCAGCUGUGGCAGCCAUGUUGGCUGCAGAAAAAUCUGGUCAGAAAUUUCUAGUAAAGGAAAAAGAUAAAAAGCUUGUUCAAAAAGUUCCUGAAACUUCUAAUGCAGACAAGUUGGGUUCUAUGCUACUGAAUUUAGGAGAUGUUUUAAAUGCAGAUUCAGAGUUCACACCCGAAGAGGUUAUAGUCAGCUUAUCACAGCCGACAGAACAGACAACAGUGGUUACUGGGGUAGAUAAGGUCAAUGUCCAGGGGCAAACAGAUUUAACUGAACCAGUUAAAGUCAAUGAUGACCACUCCAAUGAGCAAUGCAGUCUAGAUGGUCAUGAGGUUGUAGAGGUCAAAUGUCAAGAGUUCACUGUCACUAAGCCAACACCAUUGACAAAAGAAAGUGCUGCUAAGAUACGCCAACAAAAGGUCAUUAGCACAGAGGUAGCUGGCAAUGAGGGUCGCUCUGACCUACCUCAGUUGGUGAGGAUCAAACGUUUGGACUCGGAACAAAUUCAUCAGCUGGAAUCCAAAAUGGGAGAUGAUGAUGUGUUUGAUAAACAACACAAGUCUGAAAAACAUGUUCUUUUUAAAGAUCUUAUUGAACCUGAUAAACCAAAAAUAUUUCAUCAUGUUGUAGUAGGCGGAGUCCUGCAGACGAUACCUGCUGAAAGUUCACAGAGUGUUAAGAUGAGGCCCAAGACGUCUACGAAAACCAAACUAAACCGCAGAGUGUCCUGUAAAGAUUUAGGUCAAGGAGAAUGUGAAGGUUGGCUGUACAAAAAGAAACAGAAACAUGGGACGUUGUCCAAGAAUUGGGACAAGCGUUGGUGUGUGCUGAAAAAUUCCAACUUGUUUUACUACAAGCAUAAAGAUGAUGACUCAGCCGAAGGAGUUAUACACUUACCUGCAUUUUUUGUGUCUCCAGCCCCUAAUUUGAAAACCAAAAAAUUUGCAUUCAAGAUUCACAAUGGAGGGACAGCAUUUCAUUUUGCUUCAGAAAGACAAGAAGAUAUGAGCAAGUGGAUGAACAAAAUGGGUUUGGCAGCCAUUAGUUAUUCUCAGAAUUUUAAGAAUGUAUCAAAUACAGAGUUACCCACAGUCAGAGUUGAGCAUCCUUCAGUUUCUUCCAUAGACUCCAAAACUUCUGCCUCUGCGGCUGCAUACUAUAGUGAGAGUGAAGGAGAUGAUGAAGAUGGCAGUAUACAUGGCAGUUGUCAGUCUUUAGACAGCAUGUCCUCUCCUCAGACGUCACCAGCAACCAAGAAGCAUCCUAUACUUGCAGAAAUUAAAAAUUCUUCAAUAGGAACCAGUACUGAAGAGCUGCAUGCCAUGCUGCGAUCUAUAGAGAGGCAGAAUCUAACUAUUGAUGGCAAGAAUAAAAUAAAACAAAGACAAAGCCAGAUAACAGCAUCCAAUGAUCUGGUGGAAGUUUCUGAUCCAGCUACUGUAGAAGUGUACAGGAAGCUGCAUUCCUUACAAAGAACGCUGAAGGCCAAAGAAAUGGAGUUACAGCAACUGGAAACUCUCUUGGAUAAGGCAGAAAUCUCAGAACUAAAAACUUUUUAUGAUGCACACUUGACUGAUGGUCAAUAAAGAGACUUUUUUGUGCUAAUAAACCACAAUGUAAAUAAUAGCCAUAUUUGAUAUUAAAAAGUAGGAAAAAUAGAAUAAAUUAUUUCAUAAAUGCUAUAAAAUUGAUUUUAAAAUAUUUUUACACAACUUCACAAAGAAAUGCAAUACCUUCAGUUUGUUUAGCAAUCACAAACUGAAAUACUCAGUUUGUUUAGCAAUCACAAACUGAAAUACUCAGUUUGUUUAGCAAUCACAAACUGAAAUAGUGUCUGUAAAUUUUUUGCUACUAAUUUCUGAAGUGAAAAAUUUGAAUUAAUAAUAAUACAUUUUUUCUUUAUAUUCUUAAAACAUUCUUCUGUGAUAGAUUUCUGGGUGUAUAAAACAAUACACAAUUGAUCUCAAAAUUACUUAAUGUGAAAUUGGGUCUAAUACAAAAUAUUAUGAGGAAUCUAUGGAAUUACAAUAUUCAGUGUAAGAAUUCACUUCAAAUGUGUACUGGUACUUGAGGAAAUAUUAUUAAGGAUUAAAACUGGUAGGAGACUUCUUUUAUUCCGAUAUUUCCCCACAACUUUUAGCUAACAAUGUCUUUGCAAACCAUUGAACUUUAUUCAUAGAUUUUACAUUUCUUUGAAGUAGUUUAAGACUCUUUGAAAUCUACUUAAGAAAAUAUAAUAAAAUCUCAAUAUUGAAUUGUCAGCUAUAGUUUUGUCCCAUGUACCAUUGUCCUGUUUAUUUAGACACCUAGUCAAUUAAAUAGUUUUAGUAAUUUAUGUGUGCAGAUCAGUCAUAUUUUUCUUUGCAUUUUGUAAGUACUCCUGGAUGUCACUGACCUACAUCUUAAUCUGAAAUAACUGUAAUGUUCUAUAUAUAUUUCAAAGUGGUGAAAUGGUUAAUAUUUAUCAAUGUGAGACAUAUUCCAUUUUGAUGUUCUUGUAUAUUAAAAGACAAAAAGGAAAGGUCCCCUUUCAGACCUUGCAAUCUAUAGGGCAGAUGAUGUAAAGGUCAUCUGCUUCUGUGGCCCACAGUUAACGCAGGGUGUCCUGUGGCCAGCACAAUGACCUUCCGCCUUUACUUUUCCCCAAUUAAUGUCAGGUAGGUACCCAUUAGAGCUGGGUGAACUAAAGAGGUGGCCAAAGAUCCAGAAAUGACAAAUCCCAGGACCCCCGGUUCAGAAACCACUCAGCCACCACUCCUGCUUGUAUAUUUAAUAUAAAUGAAUUAAUCUAAGUAUAAUGACACAAUAAUUGUGUAACUCUUUUUUUUUUUAUGAUUAGUUUGUUGUUUUUUUUCCCAACCAAACAAACAGAAGUGACUUUCAAAAAGUAAUUUUUUCAAUACAAAAACAUAAAUUGUAGAUGUUUAGUUUGUAAACUUGUGUUGUGUCUUAUAAACUUUUGUUUUAAACAUACAGUCAGUUCAUGUGCACAAGGUACUGGGUCUUUAGGGUAGUGUUUCUCCCUUGCUGAAUAUGUCAAAUAGUUGUGUUGAUGAAUCAAUAUUUAUGCAGGUCUUUGCAUAGCUUUCCUUGGCCAGAUGGUAAAUAUUAAUGUCUGAUUCAGUAUAUAGUGUGUAUAUAUAUAGCCUACAUAUUGAAGAUUGUAUUCCAAAUGAAGUGUGCUCCACGUGUCACUGAUGUAAACUAAUCAUGGCCCUGUUGAUGCUCAGUUUCUGUAGUUGUUAAUGUAAAUAUUAAACAGAAUACUGUUUGUGUUAAUUAGGAACCAGGGCCAUGUAAACAGUCUGUAGAGGUGAGCAAACACACACACAAUUGAUGUGCAAUAGAUAUUUUUUUUAAAUAAAUAUAAAUGUUUAAAAGUCAAACUGUAUUUCAUUUUGGUUUUUUUUUUUUUACUUCUAUACCUUGUGCAGAAUAGAUAUUUCAAUAAUGCCACUUUUAGUGAUCAUGUAGCUACAAAACAAUGCACAUACUGUUUUGUAUAACAUCAUUAAUGAACAUAUACAGAAAGCACUUAUUAAGCAGAACAGAGCACUACUGAUGUUUUUUUUUUUUUUUUUUUAGAAUUGUAU